UCUCGACUCCGGACGUGCCUGGGGGUGGCUCUUCUCGUUGCGCCCCAAACUUGGCACUGCCUGUCGCCCAACAACUAAGGCGGCAGAUCCGUGCUGUCUCGAACCACACAAAUCUAGGAGAGCUCCACGAAGCACCCUGACACAGCUAAGCAGCGCCCAGAGCUGCCCAGCCACGCCGGAUCCCCUCCCCCACCACGCCGACCUGUCCCGCCUUCUAACCUCGUACGGCUUCUUCCGCGCCUGCGUAGAACGUCUCCAGUGCGCACGCCAGUGGCCCCGCCUCUCGCGCUGUACCACGCCCUCAAAGGCUCCGCCUCUGCUGCGUGAAUCCCACCCCUCUAUCUGCAGGACCCCCGAGUCGUAAUGAUCCUGCAACAGCCCCUGGAGCGAGGUCCCCCAGGUCGGGACCCACGGGCCACCACUGGGGUGACUCGCGGCCUGGACGCCAGAGAACCUUUGCACAAGCAAUUCCUGUCUGAGGAGAACAUGGCCACCCAUUUCUCCCGACUCAGCCUACAUAAUGACCACCCCUACUGCAGUCCCCCUGUGACUUUUCCCGAAGCCCUGCCACCACUCAGGAGCCCUUGCCCAGAGCUGCUUCUCUGGCGUUAUCCUGGGAGCAUGAUUCCUGAGGCCCUCAGGCUGCUGAGGCUGGGGGAUACCCCCAGUCCCUACUACCCUGCUUCCCCAGCUGGGGAUAUCAUGGAGCUCUGAAUGUUGAUGGCCUGUGUCCCUUCCCACCUUCUUCCUGACAACAAAGACCAGCAACUCCCAGAAAGGGAUGAAGUCCUUCUCCAAACCAGGUGCCUGGCCACCAUGACCCUCCCCCUCACAGGAGGACACUGAGCUUGGUGGAGCCUCAGUGAGAGGCAGCCUGGGAAAGGAAAAGUGUCACCCCAUUAGUGAAUAAAGAUCUGUGAGCAGUUGAA